AUGGAAAAGUUGCAUCUUGUGCACUGGAACAGCACCAAGUAUUCUUCUUUCGGUGAGGCUGCUUCACAGCCUGACGGACUUGCUGUAUUGGGAAUUCUGCUUCAGUCUGGUGAAGCCAAUGAAGAAUUAGAAAAAAUUGUGAAGAGGCUGUCGGAGGUGCAGCAUCGAGGUGAAAAGAUUAAAAUUUCUGAUCCCAUCAAUCCAGUCAAGUUUCUGCCAGAAGAAACAGCGUACUGGACAUAUUUGGGAUCUCUCACAACACCUCCAUGCAACGAAAGUGUCAUUUGGAUCCUGUUUAAGCAAGCAAUUGAAGUUUCUGAUGAGCAGCUUGCUGCCUUCCGCCAGUUGCGUUGUUAUGCAGCUGGAGAGGAAUGUCCUUGCGAUGAACUUCGAGGCUUUGUCUCCUUGAACUACCGGCCCCCUCUGCCUCUCGGAGAGCGUCAGCUGAGAGAGAGUCGAGUUGCCUAAGGAUGUUUUAGGCAGAAUGAAUGUCCACAAGAUGGCAGAGAAGCAGAAGAUGCUUUUGUGGCACAUGUCCAUUUUUAGUUACCACAUCACUGUAGUCCAUUCAUCAUAACAUGGCUGUGGGAUUACUAAUGCCUAACUUUUAGAAAUAAAUAAUAACAGAUGAUCACUUGUUUUAGCAGGAAAUGACUAUAAAUGUUGAGAUUUGCUCAGUAGACAAAUGAAUAAAACCACCGCCUUAGGUUGUAAGUCGCCUUAUGCCUUGUGCCUUCAAAACACAGGAAGAUAGAAAUCACAAAUGAUUGCUUUAUGAAGAACCAAUAGUGUUCAGAUUUUCUUGAUCUGCAUCAUAAUUAGUGCCUACUGAAAUAGCCUUAACAUAAAUUUUGGCUAAAAAAGCAAUUACAAAAAGCCAUACUUCUUAAAAAUAGUAUUAAUAGAUGAAAUUAAAAUUCUCUGUACGAAAUCAAUCACACAAGAAUAGGAUACAAUAUGCAUAUGAUGUGCACUAUGCACUUGUUGCACUAUACAAGGAAGUGACAAUGUAUAGUAGAUACUAAUGGCUUUAAUUGGAAAUGAGACAAUGUUAUAAUUUUAUAGUUAUAUUAAUAAGAUUUUAUUGUCAGUUAGAAAACUGUAAAUUUUUGUGCUUGUUGAAUAGAUUUCACACAAAUAUUGGAGAAAUAUUGUUAGGCAAUAAAUGUAUUUUUGAUAUGUACAAUGUUGUUUGACAACAAAUAUUUUUAAGGAUAUAUAUUUUAUUCUUUCAAAUAACCUAUCAUUUAAUUAAUGCUCAUUUCAUUCCUUAGAAAGCAUUUCAAGAAGUUUUAUUAAUGAGAUUUUUUUACUGCUGUACUCCAAUUGUCACUUAUAGUUCAUAGCAAAAGUUGUGCAAUGUUAUGUUGGGAACUUUUUAAUUUUAAUGAUUUGUAGAUAUUUAUUCUGCCAUUGGGUAUCUUAGUGUUCAUUUUAAUGCACACUACAUUAAUAUAGUAUAGAAAUUAUAAUGUAUUGGUGCUUAUACACGAAAUGACUGUAAUAAAUAUUACAUAAGCCAAAUAAAGAUCUUUAUGUACCUUGA